GGGGCUCGGGCGCGCGCCCCGGCGGCACCGAGGACGGCGGGGAGGCAGGGCGCGGGCGCCGCGGGCCCGGAGGCGCCAGAUGAUGGAUUUGGAUGUGCUUCUGUGAAGAGAUGCCACGUGUCUCUACUGGCCCAAGGACAAACAUGUCCAGACAGCUGCCGCCUUAGGGGACGCGGGCGUGGUGCCGGGGCUUCUGGGGACUCAGGCGUGGUCUGACCUGGGAACAGGAAGUCAUCCUCACCAAUGCCAUCAUGGCAGCGAGAGAGCACAGCCCUCGCCAUGGCGCCAGGGCCCGUGCGGUGCAGCGGGCCUCCACCAUCGACGUGGCAGGCGACAUGCUGGGCCUCUCUCUGGCAGGAAAUGUACAAGAUCCAGAUGAGCCCAUUUUAGAAUUCAGCUUAGCCUGCAGUGAGCUGCAUACUCCAUCACUAGAUCGAAAACCAAAUAGCUUUGUGGCAGUGAGCGUGACCACCCCGCCCCAGGCAUUCUGGACGAAGCACGCACAGACGGAGAUCAUCGAGGGAACCAAUGAUCCUAUAUUUCUAAGCAGCAUUGCCUUCUUUCAAGACUCUCUCAUCAAUCAGAUGACACAGAUCAAGCUGUCCGUGUAUGAUGUCAAGGACAGAUCUCAGGGAACAAUGUACUUGCUGGGGUCCGGGACUUUCGUCGUCAAAGAUCUGCUCCAGGACAGGCACCAUAGGUUGUAUUUAACACUAAGGUCCGCGGAGAGUGACCGCGUGGGCAGCAUCGCUGUGAUGGGCUGGCAGAUGGAGGAGAAGUCGGGUCAGCGGCCCCCAGUGACCCGGUCUCUGGACACCGUCAACGGGAGGAUGGUUCUGCCUGUUGACGAGAGCUUGACUGAGGCCUUGGGGAUCCGAUCCAAAUAUGCUUCGUUGCGAAAAGACACUUUACUGAAAUCGGUGUUUGGUGGUGCCAUCUGCCGCAUGUACCGCUUCCCGACCACCGAGGGCAACCACUUGCGGAUCCUGGAGCAGAUGGCAGAGAGUGUGCUGUCCCUGCACGUGCCCCGGCAGUUUGUGAAGCUCCUGCUGGAGGAGGACGCAGCCAGAGUGUGUGAGCUGGAGGAGCUGGGGGAGCUGUCCCCAUGCUGGGAGAGCCUCCGGCGCCAGAUUGUCACACAGUACCAGACCAUCAUCCUCACCUACCAGGAGAACCUGACCGACCUCCAUCAGUACAAAGGUCCCUCGUUCAAAGCAAGCAGUUUGAAAGCAGAUAAAAAGCUAGAAUUUGUUCCCACUAACUUACACAUACAAAGGAUGAGAGUUCAGGAUGAUGGAGGAGCAGAUCAGAACUAUGACAUCGUCACCAUCGGGGCACCAGCGGCACACUGCCAGGGCUUCAAGUCAGGAGGUCUCCGCAAAAAGCUGCACAAGUUUGAAGAGACAAAGAAACACACAUCAUCCAGCUGCCAGUCCAUCAUCUACAUACCACAGGACAUCAUCAGAGCUAAGGAGAUCAUUGCCCAGAUCAAUACCCUCAAAACCCAAGUGAGUUACUACGCCGAGCGGCUCUCGAGGGCGGCCAAGGACAGGUCUGCCACUGGCCUGGAAAGAACACUUGCCAUCUUGGCAGACAAGACCCGGCAGCUGGUCACCGUGUGUGACUGCAAGCUGCUGGCUACCUCCAUCCAUGGGCUGAAUGCCGCCCGGCCUGACUACAUCGCCUCCAAGGCCUCGCCCACCUCGACCGAGGAGGAGCAGGUGAUGCUGCGGAAUGACCAGGACACCCUCAUGGCUCGGUGGUCGGGCAGGAACAGCCGGUCUUCUCUGCAGGUGGACUGGCACGAGGGGGAGUGGGAGAAGGUGUGGCUGAAUGUGGACAAGAGCCUGGAGUGCAUCAUCCAGCGGGUGGACAAGCUGCUGCAGCGCGAGCGCCUGCAGGGCGAGGGCUGCGAAGACGGCCUCCCGGGCGCCGGCAGCGGCUCCAGCCGCAAAGGUAACCGGGGCAGCCAGGCCUACUGGAUCCGACCGGAGGACGCCCUCUGCGAUGCCCCCUCCUCGCCAUGCCCCUCCGCUGCAUGCUGCCCUCACCCGACCACACCCACACAUUGCAGCCCCCCUCCUGAAGAGUCCAGCCCAGGUGAGUGGAGCGAGGCCCUGUACCCGCUGCUGACGACCCUCACCGACUGCGUGGCCAUGAUGAGUGACAAGGCCAAGAAGGCGAUGGUCUUCCUGCUCAUGCAGGACAGCGCGCCCACCAUCGCCAGCUUCCUGAGCCUGCAGUACCGCCGUGAUGUGGUCUUCUGCCAGACGCUGACGGCGCUCAUCUGUGGCUUCAUCAUCAAGCUGAGGAACUGCCUUCACGACGACGGCUUCCUGCGGCAGCUCUACACCAUCGGGCUGCUGGCGCAGUUCGAGAGCCUGCUUAGCACCUAUGGGGAGGAACUGGCCAUGCUGGAGGACAUGAGCCUUGGGAUCACGGACUUGAGGAAUGUGACCUUCAAAGUCACUCAGGCCACUUCUAACGCGUCCACUGACAUGCUCCCCGUCAUCACAGGAAAUCGGGACGGCUUUAACGUGCGGAUCCCGCUGCCAGGCCCCCUGUUCGAUGCGCUGCCCCGGGAGAUCCAGAGCGGGAUGCUGCUGCGGGUGCAGCCCGUGCUCUUCAACGUGGGCAUCAACGAACAGCAGACGCUGGCCGAGAGGUUCGGCGACACGUCUUUACAAGAAGUUAUCAACGUGGAGAGCUUGGUGCGGUUAAAUUCCUACUUCGAGCAGUUUAAGGAAGUUCUGCCUGAGGACUGUCUACCUCGAUCCCGGAGCCAGACUUGCCUGCCAGAGCUGCUGCGGUUCCUGGGUCAGAACGUGCACGCCAGGAAGAACAAGAACGUCGACAUUCUGUGGCAAGCCGCCGAGGUCUGCCGCCGCCUCAACGGGGUCCGGUUCACCAGCUGCAAGAGCGCCAAGGACCGCACGGCGAUGUCGGUGACGCUGGAGCAGUGCCUGAUCCUGCAGCACGAGCAUGGCAUGGCCCCGCAGGUGUUCACGCAGGCCCUGGAGUGCAUGCGCAGUGAGGGUUGUCGAAGAGAAAAUACAAUGAAGAAUGUUGGAAGUCGCAAAUAUGCGUUUAAUUCCCUGCAGCUGAAGGCUUUCCCCAAGCAUUACAGGCCUCCUGAAGGGACUUACGGAAAAGUUGAAACAUGAACACACGGUUUCCUCUCAUUAGCUGUUACGUAAUAAAUGUGGGUACCCUCUAGUCUCAUACACGAAUUCUUCAAGAAGACCUGAAGGAUUGGUUUUUACUUUUGUGUUUUUAAAAUAUUUCACUGAAGAGUCUAUGGAGCAUGUGUUUUUUUGCGUUGGAAUCCAUAGCAGGUAUUGUCGGGCUCACUACUGUGGAUAGUAACAACUGCCCCUUCAAGUAGCCUUCAGCCAUCACCACACGGACAUCCGUAGUUACCUGUAUGAACCAAGCCAGGUGCAUCUGAAAUGCUGAAACUUUUUAAAAUGCCCUCUUAGGCAGCUGCUCACCUUAUUUUUCUACUGAGUAAUUCCAACUUGAACAUUGAUUUACAACCUACUUUUUAAAAAUCCCUAUGGAAAAUUUAAACAGUAGUUUAAAUGAUUGGAUCCUGGGCAGACCUCUAAAUGUGAAAUGUUCAAGGGAAGUUGUGGGAAAAGCAGCUUGCUGUCUCACGCGGGCAGGGCAAGUGCAUCUGAUGCCUCAGCCUGCCGGUGCCUACUCAGGUGGAACCAGCAGCUGAAGGAAAGGCUGCGAAGUCAGCCUGAGGUAAGAUCUGUCAGAAGACAGCACCUGCAAAGCUACCCACGGUGGGGUCACCACCAUCCCUUAGGGAACAAGGUGUCUGGGGAGGUGGUGAGGCCAGCUUUCUGUAGCCCUGGCCCAGAGCGCAGGACCGCUCAUGUGGUAUGUCUGAUGCCUGUCAGUCAACAAUGGGGAAUUUUGCAUAGACAGUGGACACCUAAAUAUUUUACAAAUAGGUCUCUGGUGGGUUUCUCAAAUUUUGGGGGGCUUCGAGAAGAUAAUGCAAUUAUGUCUGAAUGUCUGAUGAAAGUGUCUUUAGGUCUGCAGUAAUUGUUACUACCCUCUACUCAAUUCUGGUAUGUAAGAUGGCUGUUGAGAAGGUUGAACUGUCUCCUGAAAUGAGAUUUUGAAAGGGAUUAAUGGGCCAUAAGACUUAGGAAUUUCAUAGAAAAUUAUGUUUGGUCAUCUAUUCUAAGAUGAUGAGUCAUCUGCACAGAGCAGAGUUUUUUUCUUAGUUUAUGUUCUAUCAAUUGUUUUUUUUUAUCAUUAUUAUGUUUACAUGUUAUUUAAAAGGCUGUAACAGAAAUACAUGUGGCACACAUUCAUGAUGUUGAUCCUAAAGAGUUGUGAACCCUUAGAAAGUUCCUGUGUCUGAAAUUCUGAAUGUUAUUCUUCGGGCUCCCUUAGAAAUGCCAUCGGGCAACAGGUGACAGGCUCAGGCCCGGGGAGCACAGGCAGGACCCCCCCAUGCAGGGAUGGAGGGCGGGCAUCAGGCACGGGGGAAGCCAGGUGGCCUCCCGGACCCCCUCCUCCUCAGAGGCCAGUUCACACACGGAGCCUGCUGUCCCCCGGCGCCCACUGGCGAGUGUGAACGGGUGUGGAGGGCGAGCCAGUGGGGCGCGCGGAGGCAGGGAAGCUUGCCCAGCAAGCCCACUGCACCGCUGGUGUCAGCUCCUCCCGCCGUGUCCACCCCCGUCCGUCGUGAUGGCAGACUCGGCCUUUCACCUCCACCACUUCACUGUCUGGUUAGCUCUACGUUUCCAUCUUUACUCACUUUAACGUCACUACCUUUUAAAAACUUCCCUUCAACUUUUAAUGUUGUUCCUACAACUGUCAGAUUUUUUUUGGUCUGAAGAGCAUUACCUGCAUUUAUCAAAAGGGAACACAGCAAAGGCUGUGUCACGUUAGCAGUUUGCAUGUGGCACCUUUUCGUGAAUGUUCUCCUAAUUUUGUCUACAUAUUAUGGAUCACCAGGAGAGUCUAAGACCUGGCUAAUCACAUAGAAGAUGCUCUGGUGGCAGUAGUCCACCUGAGCGUGACUCCCUGGCUCCUGUGUGACUGUGGGUCUCCCAGCGGCACUGGGCACGCUCGCCGAGGGGGGCCACACUGCUCACUGCGAUAGCCGCGGCUCCUCAGGUCACACGGGAGCUUUGAGUUUCCCACAGCAGAAGACAGGCAGUGGUCCAGGUCUCUGUAAAAUGGGUUCCAUCCAGUGUUCCCUAUAAGGCCCCCACUUAGAAAUGUUGAGACGUACCGAAAACUCAGAUGGGUUCUGUCAAAGCGUCUGCAGCACAGCUGCCUCUGGUUUCCUUUAAAACAUGUAAAAACAUUAUAACAGUACAGUUUUGUCCCUACACAAUUGUAUUUGCCAACCCUAGUGCAUUAAGGUACUUUUAUUUAUUUGUUUUGGACAGUAUUAAUAAACACACAGUUACUGUUUUAUAUAUUCCUAGCUCAUUCAAAGCCAUGUAUGCUACAAAUGUGCGAGUCUCAGAAUGACAAAUAAACAACUGAC